AUUGGCAUUGGCUGCUGUAUCAUGUAUGGGCUUGUUGUCUCUUUACCAGGCCAUCACUUUCUUGACCGGCGCUCGCAAUAAUGGGGAAGAAAGAUAACCAAAUGGAUGUAGACCUGGACAGCCUUUCUAAAACGGAGCUCAUAUCACAGGUGAAACGGCUCGAGAUGCACGUGAAGCAACUGCAGGCCAUCAUCGCCAAAGCGAACUCGACGGGACUCGACCACAAGAGACCGUCGAAGAAGAAGAAGAAGCCGUUCGACUUCUCCAAGUACAACAAGCGUCACGUCGCGCUGAAGAUCGCCUACCUCGGCUGGGACUGCCGCGGCUACGCCGUGCAGGACGACACGAGCAACACAAUCGAGGCCGUGCUCUUCGACUGCCUGCUCAAGACUCGCCUCAUCGAGUCGCGUGAGACGUCGAACUACCACCGCUGCGGACGCACGGACAAGGGCGUCAGCGCCCUCGGACAGGUCGUCUCGAUCGACCUUCGAUCGACCGCCGCGUCGGGCGUCGGCGUGACGACGCGUGACGGCGCCGUGGCCGACGUCAAGCCGGAGAUCCCGUACGUGCGGAUCCUGAACCGGGUGCUGCCGGCGCACGUGCGUGUGCUCGCGUGGUCGCCGGUCGAGCAGGGCUUCAGCGCUCGCUUCGACUGCGACGAGCGCGUUUAUAGAUACUACUUCCCCGCGGGCGACCUCGACAUCGCAGCGAUGCGCGCUGCCGCCGCCCGCCUCAUCGGCGAACACGACUUCCGCAACCUCUGUAAGAUGGACGUCAGCAACGGCGUCGUCAACUACCGCCGGAACAUCUCCCGCGCGUCCCUCUCGCCCGUCAGCGGCGUCGCCGACGACGACGACGACGACGACCUCUCGCCCGUCGCUGCCGACGAUGGGUACGGGAUGUGGAGGCUGACGAUCGCCGGUCGCGCGUUCCUCUGGCACCAGGUGCGCUGCGUCGUUGCCGUUCUGCUGCUCGUCGGCGAACGCCAGGAGGCGCCGGCGGUCGUCUCGCGCCUGCUCGACGUCUCGCGCUGCCCGCGCAAGCCGCAGUACGGCAUGGCCGCCGACUACCCGCUCGCGCUGCACGACUGCUCGCACGCUGCCGUCAGGUGGCGCUACGACGCCGCCGAGCACGCCGCCGUGCGGCGCCAUCUGCAGGAGGCGUGGACGCGGCAUUCGGUGAGGGCGACGAUGCUGCGAGAGAUGCUGAGGUAUCUCGACGAGCGGGAGGUGGAGGGAGGAGGAGGUCGCGGGGAAGAGGUGGUGGGAGGUGGGGACGAGCGGGAGUCGGAGGAAGGACGCGGCGGGGAAGUGGAGGGAGGUGGAGACAAGCGGAAGGUGGAGGGAGGCAGGGACGAGCGAGGUGUAGAGGGAGGCGGUGACAGGGAGCGCGCGGUGGCGCGGGUCGUGAGGCACCAGAGCCGCUGCCUCGUGCAGGGGAACAGGAGCAGGGUGCACAAGCCACUGCUGCAGCGGCAGAUGUGCGAGAGCCUGGAGGAUCGCAUCGAUCACUACGUUAAGCGGAGAAAAAUUGAGCGACCACUCGAUCCAGGUGAAUCUCAGGUAGAAGGGUUGGUGACAUGUGAGCCUCAGGUAGAAGGGAUGGUGACAUGUGAGCCUCAGGUAGAGGGGAUGGUGACGUGUGAUGCGAAUAGCCACGAUGGAGACCCGAGCACAAAGUGAAGAGACACCCACGCUCCAGUCGCGUGGUGCAUAAUUCGAAGAGAUCCGAGGCCAAAUCGAAAUACACGUAUACAAGCACAAAUUGUGAUGGCUGUGCAAAAAUAAUUUACGGUGAUUGCAGUGGUCCGUGAAGACCAUGUGAAAAACUGCGAGAAUGAGAAAAGCUUGGUAGGAUCACAUUCAAGAAGGUGACAAUGUUGCCGAGCGUAACUGGGAACUGCCUAACUUGACACAAGGUGGAGUUAUAUUAGGUGACAAGCAAGACUUACAGUGCCUUUGGAACUUGAUAUUUAUUGUUUGUUGUAAAAUGCUUGUUGAUUAUGGAGAUUGUUUGCAGGCAAUUAAAAGAAUUUUACCUCC